GAACCUCCAGAUGCUGGAGACACAGUGAGUUACGCCACCACCAGGAAGUGGCCUCUCAGCUCUGUGACGGUCUCUGACAAGGCGAAAUAAAUCUCCUGGUCAGCUCAGAUCUCCCAUGGAAUUUAAAGCCUCCUCAGCCUUCUGAGUCAGCCUGAGAGGGACAGACAGAACCGCUGUAUGGGCUCUGCUGCCAGUGUGACCUCACCUUCUCCAGUGCCCCUUUCUUGGUGCCAGUUAUGAGUUCCUGCAACUUCACACAUGCCACCUUUGUGCUUAUUGGUAUUCCAGGACUUGAAGAAGCCCAUUUCUGGAUUGGCUUCCCCCUGCUUUCAAUGUAUGCCAUGGCAGUGUUUGGAAACUGCAUCGUGGUCUUUAUCGUAAGGACAGAACACAGCCUACAUACUCCCAUGUACCUCUUUCUCUGUAUGCUGGCAGCCAUCGACCUGGCCUUGUCCACAUCCACCAUGCCCAAGAUCCUUGCCCUCUUCUGGUUUGAUUCCCGAGAGAUUACCUUUGAUGCCUGCAUUACCCAGAUGUUCUUCAUUCAUGCUCUCUCAGCCAUCGAGUCCACCAUCCUGCUAGCCAUGGCCUUUGACCGUUAUAUAGCCAUCUGCCACCCAUUGCGCCACGCUGCAGUGCUCAACAAUACAGUAACAGCCCAGAUUGGCAUAGUGGCGGUGGUCCGUGGGUCCCUCUUCUUUAUCCCACUGCCUCUGCUCAUCAAGCGGCUGGCCUUCUGCCACUCCAAUGUGCUCUCACACUCCUACUGUGUACACCAGGAUGUGAUGAAGUUGGCCCACACAGAUACGUUACCCAAUGUCGUCUAUGGUCUUACCGCCAUUCUGCUGAUCAUGGGCGUGGAUGUCAUGUUCAUCUCCUUGUCCUAUUUUCUGAUUAUACGAACAGUUCUACAACUGCCUUCCAAGUCAGAGCGGGCCAAGGCCUUUGGAAACUGUGUGUCACAUAUCAGUGUGGUAUUGGCCUUCUAUGUGCCUCUCAUCGGCCUCUCAGUGGUACACCGUUUUGGAAACAGCCUCAAUCCCAUUGUACACAUUCUCAUGGGUGAUAUCUACCUACUGCUGCCUCCAGUGAUCAAUCCCAUCAUCUAUGGAGCCAAAACCAAACAGAUCAGGACUCGGGUGCUAGCUAUGUUCAAAGUCAACUGUGACAAGGACCUUCAGGCUGUGGGAGGCAAGUGA